GCCCAACAGAGAGACUCCGCAUCCGCUGCUGGUAGCCGCUGCCGCUGCGCACCGCUCUAACGGAUUUUAACUUUGUACAUAUCUCAGGAUAUUUUUCUGAGGGAGAGAGGACUUUUGAAUAUCGCACGCUGAAAAUAUUCAUCGUCCCGUUUCCUACACCAGUGGAUCGUAAUUUGCUGUGGUUUUGUGGGAUAUUUCCGAUUAAGAAGAUGCCUGCCGAUAUGAUGGAAAAAACCUCCUCCUCUCCGGUCGCUGCAACCCCGGCAAGCAUGAACACAACUCCCGAUAAACCCAAGACUGCCUCCGAGCACAGAAAGUCAUCCAAGCCAAUAAUGGAAAAGAGGAGAAGAGCCAGAAUCAACGAGAGCUUGGGGCAGCUGAAAACGCUCAUCCUGGAUGCGCUCAAAAAAGAUAGCUCCAGACACUCUAAACUGGAGAAGGCGGACAUCCUGGAGAUGACGGUGAAGCAUCUCCGGAACCUCCAGAGGGCUCAGAUGACCGCUGCCCUGAACACCGACCCCACUGUCUUGGGAAAAUAUCGUGCCGGUUUCAGCGAGUGCAUGAAUGAAGUCACCCGGUUCCUGUCCACCUGCGAAGGUGUCAACACCGAGGUCAGGACGCGGCUCCUUGGCCACUUGGCCAACUGCAUGACCCAGAUCAACGCUAUGAACUAUCCCAGCCAGCAUCAGCACCAGCAUCAGCUCCCAUCCACCGCCGGACCAACCCACCCCUCCUUCGGCCAGUCCAUGGUGCAGAUCCCCAGCUCAUCCCCGCAGGUCCUGCCCAUGAACGCGGUGUCCUGCAAAGGAGGCUCGUCGCCGGCUAAUUUACCUUCAGACGCCACCAAAGUGUACGGUGGUUUCCAGAUCGUGCCUGCCACAGACGGACAGUUUGCAUUCCUCAUACCCAAUGCGGCAUUUGCGCCAAACGGCCCCGUUAUCCCCGUGUACGCCAAUAACGUCGGUACGCCGGUCCCUGUACCGGCUGCGGUUUCCCCCGGAGCCCCGUCAGGCAACACAGACUCAGUGUGGCGACCCUGGUGAACAGUGGGGAAAAGGACCAUAAAGACUUAAACAUGACACUUAACAGUUCUCUCUUUGUUCAAUGUUAGAAAGUUGUUUUGAAUCUGUUUUUUUCUUGUAAAAUGGAAAGAGUAUGCACUAUAUUUGUACAGCUAACAAGGGAGUAAAGUUCAUAUUGAAAUGAGAUCUGUAUUGUGGAAGUCCGUUCACUGCAUUUUUUUAUAUAUUUGAGUUGUCUUUUUUUCUUUUUUUUUUUACUGUGUGAUGCCAAAGACAUGUUCAAUGCUCUUAUGAUGUUCUUCGUUUUGGAAGACAAAUAAAUUUGUA